GAUGCCUGAAUAAGCUUAUUGAGUUCUCCCCCUUCAUCAAAUGUUCAGUCGCUGCCCUUUUUCCUUUUGCGUCUGAGGGUCUGGAUUGCAACUUGAAUGUAGGGCUGCAACUCAUGGGUUGUUUACAUUAUCGACUGAUAUGCAGUUUGUUUUUAAUUGUCCUAUUAAUUGUCCUAAUUUCCCAGAGUCCAAACUAAUGUUUAAAUAGCCCCUUUUUUGUAUGACUAUUAAUACAAAUAUAUACUUAAUGUGCAGAGAUAGAAAUCAGUGCAAAGCAGCAAAUCCUGCCAUGUGAGAAGCUGGAAGCAGCACUGCUUGGAUGUAUGCAUUUGUGUGAAUAUCUGUUAUACAAAGCAUUACGUUGUUUAUGUCUUUAGCAUGUAAUCUGUCCUCUGCGGUUAAGCAAAGGUGUCAUCAUCAUUAUUUUUCCUGGCACACGAUGAGCCCUCCAACUGAUCAGUUUCCUGUCCCCCUUUUCGCAGCUGAACUCUUGUGGCUUUGGGACCGCCUGUUAUUCUUCUGGCGGCUCUAAAUAAACCAAGAGCAGGCUUACAGGCUGGCUUUGUGUGCCUGAGUCAUUCCUUGAGGUGUGUUUUUUGUGAGGAUUCAGCAUCCUCUGGGUGUAGCAGCAGCAGCAGCAGCAGCAGCCCUCCCCCUCUGCAGCCUCUCUCUCUCUCCAGCAGUAUGCCCGACAUGCAAACGGAAGCAGGCGCUACCAUUUUGAAACACAGCACCGCCUAGGUAAGAUGGUAGAUCCUUUUAUUUAAUCGCCCUUUUUUUCUGCGCUAUUAUUCUCAUGUGGGCCGCAUGGGAGCGCCAUGGACAAGAGCCACACAGUGAAGCUCUUUGUGGGCAAUCUGGCGUUGGACACCACCCAGGAGGAGCUGUCAGCCAUCUUUGAACCCUAUGGCCAGGUGGUCAGCUGCAGCGUGCUUCGACAGUUCGCCUUCGUCCACCUGCAGGGCGAGGGCGCUGCCGAGCGUGCCAUCCGGGAGCUCAACGGACGAGAAUUUCGUGGACGAAAUCUGGUGGUGGAGGAGUCAAGGGGGAGGCCGCUGCACUCCACCAAGGUGUUUGUGGGUAAUCUGAGUGGGAUGUGCACCACUGAAGACCUGCAGCAGCUGUUCCAGACAUUCGGAAAAGUUCUUGAGUGUGACAAAGUCAAAGCCAGGCAUUCCUCUUCCACAGGCUAUGCCUUUGUCCACAUGGAAAACAAGGAGGAUGCUCUCCAGGCCAUCGAGGCCCUGCACGGCACCUCGUUCAAGGGCCGCCCCCUGUCUGUAGAGCUGUCCAAAGUCCAGCCCAGCAAGCAGGCACCUACAGGGAAAAUUCCCUGCGUGAACUGUGGAAAACAGGGUCACUAUGCUGGAGAGUGUCCCGUGGGGAAGCCAUCUCUGGAGCAGUACCAGAGUCAGGCAGCGGUCCUGGCUGCUGCUGCCGCUGCAGCCGCUGGCCUGCCACUACAAGUCCAGCAGAGUGUGCACAAUUCAGUCUACAACACCUCCACCUUUGAUCCCACAUAUGCAGCUCUCACUGGGAUCACCACUGGCACACGCACUGAUGGAAAUCCAGUGAAUCCAGCUGUUUAUGGCGCCCUCGCCAGCCAGGUGUAUGGUGCCAAUGUUGCCAAUCAGCUUUAUGGAACAGUGGCCAAUCAGGCAGCUCUCACAUCAGGCGCCACCCAGAUGUACAGCUCGAUGACUCCCAACAUUUAUGGCCAGAUGGCUGCAACCCCGGCGGCUGCAGCUGCAGCGGCUGCUGCUGCUGCCUACACGACACCGGUUUACACCCCAACUGUGGCCAAUCCCCCCGUCUACCUGGCUGCUGCUCCUGGAAUAGAAAUGCCAUCAGCAGCAGCUGCGGUCAACCCCGCCUACACUGUAUCUCCAGCGAUUUAUGGCGCCGCCACACCAGCCUACGCUCAUAUAAGCGCCAUGGGAGCAGCAGACCCUACUACAGCCAUCUUUGAGGCAGCAAGACAGGCACAUUACUUUGCCCAAGGCCAGCAGGUUGUGGCUGAGCAGCAGUCAGUGGCUGCUGCAGCAGCGGCGGCUGCUGUGGCAAAGUCUGGUGAGAGGGACCGUAGUCCUUUACGAAGGUCGGUACCUCUUCUACCAGACCCAGUGAUGAAGCCUUUCAUGUACCAGAGAGCCAAGCCGCGCCGACCUCUACUUCCAACACCAGCUGGCCGAGCGGCAGAAGAGGCAGUGGAGGCUGCCGAGGAUCCCAUGGCAAGGUACUAUGCGGAGUACUACCAGCAGCUGCAGCAGUACCCCCAGUUCCAGUAUGCCUACCCACCGCCGAACACAGUGACAGCCAUCCCCGGCAUGCCGGUAGUGUCAGCAGUUCCUGCUGUGCCCACGAUAUCCGCCCAGCCAGUUGCCACGCUGGAUGCCCUCAGGCCAGUGGUCCCCACAGCUGCGGCAGUGGCAGCCGCCAUAGCUGCGCCCAGGGUGUAUGAGCCGCCGUUGCCGCCGCCCACGCGCAAGGAGGCCAUCCUCCGCCGCCCCGAACUCUCCCUUCACACGCCUGAGCCCCCCUUCCGAUAGUCGCACACAACUCUCUGCUCCCACCCCUUCCCCUUUGCCCCGAACCCCCCAUCUCCUCCUCCACCCCAAACUUGAACACCUUACAGCAGCUGUACGUGUGUGUAUAUGAGUAUGUGUGCGUCUGGGGGCUCAAGGGGGGGGCUUUGGUUUAUUAACCUUUCUUUAUGAGGGACUUGAUCAGCUAACCUUGGUCUUGUUUGCACACACACACAGUGCAGCCACGAAAGGGAGCCUCUCAUCUGUUGUAUGGGCAUUCUUUGUGCUUCUCAGUUUUACUUUUUUAUUGUGCCAGUCUCACACUUGUGCCAGUAUUAGACUGAUCCAGUCAGUCGUUUCAUAUGCCUUUAUUUCCGCAACCCAGUUAUGAUUUUCUAAGGCCAAAUCUACGAUUAAAGACAUUGGUUUUUGAACCUAUCAGCCAUCCUCCUUAGGCCUAGAUGAUCAGUUAGGGCAGCUAAUUUGAAACCCUUUUUGCCUUAUUUUGAAGAGUUAAGAUUUCUAAUCAGAUGGGAAGUCAUAUUAACACAUAUUGCUUACUGGCUGCAUUGCAUUGUGCCCAACAGAACCAAGGUUGAAAUGUUUUGGGGUGGGGUGGCUGUUUGUCUUGAGUGUGAUGUGGAUGUAGUAUGUGUGAAUGGGUGCAAGAGAGAGAUAUGCAAGGGGCUCCUGGCCUUGCAGCGCACAAACGCAGCAGCUAAGACUGCGCCUUGCUGAAAAAAAAACAAAAAAAAGUAAAGCACACAUAAAUACGUACUGUAAUGUAUGUUUGGAUAUCUCCUUGACCCUCCCCACCCCCCCCACCUGUACUCUUAACUACAACACUGGAAGACACUGCUUCACCUCUCUUUCUAACUACAGCUGCCUACCUCUAACUAUAAAUUUCAGUGUCUGUUCUAUUCUUUUCCACACCUUUCAACCAGUCAGCGUUUCAUUUACUGCUCCUUGUAAAAGUACAGGGCCAGCAGCUUAGGGAGGGAGGAGUCGGAUUUUCUGUGACAAUGACUUUUGUAGAUAUUCUGUAUUAAGUCCUCCUACAUGUUCAGAGGCCUUUUUUUUAACAAAUAGUUUGUUUGUUUUAAUGUAGUUUACAUGUAAUGCAAGUCAACCUGGGGCGUAAUGAAUCGUAAAUGGAAAAGAAAACCCACGUGUGACUACUGAAUGAGCUGUUUACAGAAGAUCUUAAAGCUGCAUCUUAUUAGGAAUCGUGAUAUGUGACAAGCUCAGUUAUGUGCCUAUAAGCUUUGAGCGAAGUGCAUUAAGUGGAGCGAUCUCCCAUUUUAAGUGCUUUUUUAAUCAUUUCAAGGGAUGGGGUGGGAUGGGAUGGGAGCUUAGUAUCCACAAGGCUACUAGCAGCAAGGUUUUCUCGUGGACUUGCACUCUUGCGUUCGUUUCGUUUCAUAUCAUAUCAUAUAAGGUUUUCAAAAAGCCACAAAGUGAGCCUUACAGGUUCACGAUUAGCCGCUGGUUUUAAGCAGAUAGCACCAAUGGAGUGAAACAUGGGGCAGUGUCUUCCAGUUGCCCUCACUGUCUUACUUUUUCCAGACCUGCUUCAGAUUGUAAUUGCAAACAUAUUUUGUGUGUGUGUGUGUUUUAAUCUGGUUGUUGAAUCUCAUAGGUGGGGUUUGCUGCAUCACGAUAAUGAAAGUUUGACUUGCAAGUGCAGCUCAUCCUGAUUGGCAGAUUCCACCCAUUUGUUUCUACAGUCACUUAAAACACACAAUCAUUUAAAGUUGCAACUACUCUUUGAUAGCGGUCUGAUGCACACACAGACAUACCCUGGAAUCACCUUACUGCCUCGCUGUUUCCCCCAUCCCCUUUCCUCGUGUGGUUUUAGUGGUUAAGUGACUUUUGCAUCUCACGGUGUAAUAUUUCUGUGUUGUAUAUACAAACACAUACCAGUUGCAUCCUUUGUAGAAUUAUGUGGUUUGCGAAAUGUCUUGUUUGCCCUGUUUGAGACCGUAUUUUUAGAGAAGUAUUUUAAUUUUGCCCUUUUUUUUAGGAAACGACAAAAGAGGUUUAAAAAAAUCAGCAUGCUUUUUACUGAGCAUAUGUAUACUAUAAUCAUUAUUAUUAUAAUAAAGAAUGUUUGGCUGACUACUGUGGUAAAAGAAA